AUGUACUCCACCCAAGACGCCUCGACCCUCCGCACUCGCCGCCUUAACGGCCUGUACAAUGUCCGAACGGCUCCGUCCACGCCCGGCACCAACGCACAAACAAUCUCCGACUGGCAGCAACAGCAGGCGUUGCACCAGUUGCAGCAGUUCACACCCUCGUCGCUGCACCCGGGCUCGCCGUACCAGGGCGGGGACAACCACUACCCGUACUACUCGCAGGGUACCGGCCCGCCGCCGUCGGACCACAGCCGCAUAGGCAGUCCCGUGAUGAGGCAGUCCCGUGAUGGCGCAGCACCCACGCGCAGCACCCACGGGAGCUGGCAGCCGCCGGUCGAGAUUGGCGUGAUGACGGAUCCGCCAGUUGAGAUGGAUAGCUCACCGGUGCCCAGCCCUCAAGGGCGGCUCCAACAACUUCGGCAUCGUCUGGGGCGGCAUGGCCUUUUCCCCAAGCAGAUCAUCCCGUCGGCCGUCGACGCCAACCCGGGCAGCAACCUGGUCUGCAUCUUCACGCACAUGCCCGACUUCAAGGACAUCGUCGUGGCCGCCCUGCCCGAGAUCAUGAACAUCCUCAAGAUGGCCUCCGUCUCGGAGAUGGCCUUCGAGCACAACAUCCCAACGCGCUACCACAACAACACGUGGUUCACAUCGUCGUUCCGCAACGACGCGCGCAUCCUGGCCCGGGCAUCGGAGCUGCACGACGCCCUGGUGGCCGAGCUGCAGGCCUUCAUCCCCGACGGCGACUUCAUCACGCAGUGCCUGUUCUAG